UUUUUUUUUUAUAUUAAUUACAACCAUGCCUAAAAUCAACGUUAGUGUAAAGUGGAGUGGGAAAAAGUUUGAUCAAAUUGAACUUGAUACUGAUGAAUCUCCAGAAUUGUUCAAAACUCAAAUCUACUCACAAACUGGUGUCCCUCCUGAACGUCAAAAGAUCAUGGUCAAAGGUGGUAUGUUGAAAGACACUACGGAUUUGAAUAAACUUGGAUUGAAAGAAGGACAUACUUUUAUGAUGAUGGGUACUGCCGGUGAUUUGGCUAAACCUCCUCCAAAACCUAUUCAAUUCAUUGAAGAUAUGACUGAUGCUGAAAUGGCCGAAGCUUUGGACAUUCCUGCUGGGUUGGAAAAUCUAGGUCAUACUUGUUAUAUGAAUUCAACAUUACAAUGUCUUCGUGCUAUGCCUGAACUUCAAACAUCUUUAGCAAGAUACGAAGGUGGUAUCUCUGGUAUGGACAAUCAUGGUAAUUUGACAGCUAGCCUUCGUGAUUUAUUCGUUAAUUUGAACAAAAGUGGAGAAGGCUUUCCUCCUCUUGUCUUUUGGCAGAUGCUGCGUCAAGCUUUCCCUCAAUUCGCUCAAACUGGUCCGGGAGGAGGUCCUAUGCAACAUGAUGCCGAAGAAUGCUGGAGUGAAAUCAUUUCUGUGCUUCGAUCCAAGUUACCCAUCAAUCAAGUUACCUCUCAAAACUUUGUUGAACAAUAUAUGACUGGUCAAAUGUCUACUGAACUUAAAUGCAUCGAAGCUCCUGAAGAAGAAAAGCAAAUCACAGUAGAACCGUUCUCCAAACUAGGUUGUCAUAUUUCUAUUUCUACCAACUAUAUGAUCAACGGUAUUCUUGAAUCUCUGAAAGAACAAUUAGAAAAAAACUCACCUACUUUGAACCGUACUGCACAAUAUGAACGUGUGUCGCGUGUAACCCGAUUACCCAAGUAUUUGACAGUACAAUUCAUUCGAUUUUUCUGGAAGCCUCAAGAACGUAUUCGUGCCAAGAUUUUGCGCAAGGUAAAAUAUCCAUUGGAAUUCGAUGCUACCGAACUGUGUACACCUGAACUUCAACAAAAAUUCUCCAACGUUAAGACCAAGAUGAAGGAAGUGGAAGAUCAAAAAUUACAAAAGAAACGGGAUGAAAAACGACGCAAAUUGGAUCCUGAAGCUGCUACAUCGUCAUCAUCAUCACCAACAUCAACAGAACAAUCAUCAGAACAACAAACCACUCUUUCGGAAUCACAAGAAAAGGUGAAUUGGAAUGAAUAUUUGGAUCCGGAAUUAGUCAAGGAUGAAGGUUGCAACCCUACUGGUCAAUAUGAAUUAUGUGCUCUUAUUACUCAUGCUGGCCGAUCUGCUGAUUCUGGUCAUUAUAUUGGAUGGGUCAAAAAGGGAGAAGAUGAAUGGCACAAAUUUAAUGAUGACAAAGUGUCUAUAGUCCGUGAUGCCGAUAUUGAAAAACUAGAUGGUGGUGGCGACUGGCAUACCGCAUACAUUGUGUUGUAUCGUGCAAAACAAUUGGAAUAGAUAGAAUAGUGAAUAUUAAUAUUGACUCAUUUUAGUUUAAUAAACAAUUUUUUUUUUCUUUUUGGAUACACCUU